AUGCCUUUCCGGCAGGGCUCUGCCCGGGCGCGGCAGCGCACCGUCCUUCUGGUGGGCAUGGUGGUCCUGCUGACCGCCCUCGUCCUCGCCGUCGUGCUGGCCUCUGUCCUGACUCCGGGAAAGCAGGAGGUCAGUCCGAAAAUGCUGAAGUGGAAGGACAGAGGGACCACUAAGAACCUGCAAGAAGUCAUCCUGGGAAGAUGCUACAACUAUGUCACGGCGCGGUACCCUGAGCUGCGAGAUAAGGAUUGCCUAAAAAUAUGGGAAUCGUUAAAACAUGCAUUCAUUUACAAGAAUCCCUGUAAUAUUACAUCAGAAGAUUAUCAGCCCCUAAUGGAGUUAGCGAGUCAUCCUAUACCCUGUAACAAGUCACUGUUUUGGAGCAAGACAAAUGACCUCGCUCAUCGUUAUACAAAAUCCAAUCAAAAUUUCCUUACCUUGGAGGACACCUUGUUGGGUUAUAUGGCUGAUAGAGUUUCAUGGUGUGGAGACCCCUCUGCUCCAGGAAUCAACUAUGAAUCUUGUCCAAAACGAAGUGAAUGUGAGAGCAACCCUAGCUCUGUAUUCUGGAAGAUGGCAUCCAAGAUGUUUGCAGAAGCAGCAUGUGGUGUGGUUCAAGUGAUGCUCAACGGAUCAGUAGAAGCUGGAGCUUUCAGAAGCAGCAGCAUUUUUGGAAGCAUUGAGAUCUUUAACCUAAAUCCAGAUAAAGUCUCUGCAGUACACAUUUGGCUUAUGCAUGACAUCGGUGGACCUCAAAGUGAAUCCUGCUCGGGUCAUUCCAUAAAGAGGUUAAAAAGCAUCCUAGAAGAGCGAAACUUUAAGAUCACCUGUGAAGACAAUUACAGGCCAGUUCAGCUCCUUCAGUGUGUGCAGAGCCCUGACCACACAGACUGCAGACUCUGCACUCCGUGA